AAUUGAGUUACGUCCACUGUGAAAGACGCGUCAAAAGCCACAAAAAUACCAUGCAGCAAGAGGCCACAAAUUUGGGUUCCAGUUCGGGCCAGAAGAAAAAGCCCUCACGCAACCGAAAUCGGCCAAGGAAUAAAUGUAAUCGAACAACCAGUGAAAUAGUUGUUACCGAAGCAGUUAAACAAGUGGAGGAGAAGUCGGAGGAGGAGCCACCAAAGGCUUCUAAAAAUGAGGAAUGUAACGAUGCCAUCAAACUCAUACAACAACUUUUGCGAAAGAAAUUAUUGGCCAAAAGUAAUCCAACAGCCACGACUUCAGCACCGCGUAAGGAUACAACCAAAUUAUCUCCCAGUCCGCCAGUAUUGAUUCAAAAGAAAUCAAAAGAUAAUGAAAUGAACGAGUUGCUCAUGUCACUGGGCAGCAAAUUACAGAAAGGAGGAGUGGCUGGUGAUUCGCCCACAGCUGCUUUGUUUAGUAAUUUGAGCAAGCUCUUCAAUCAGGCUCCGCCCAGUGAUGUGGAAUCGUCCGAUGAUGAAGCCGAAUACAUUGAAUACAUUUAUAAGCCACGUCAAUAUUUUAUGGCAUCGCUAUGCAAUCUUUGCAAAUCGGAUCUCUGUGGUCAGCAAAUUGUGCCAUGUUCGCGUUGUGGUCUUACAUACUAUUGUAGUGGCCUGCAUAUGCAGAAUGAUCAGGAGCAUCGUCAGUUAUGCUAUGCUUUACGCCAGACGGUCGAGAGUAAUGGUCAUGAUAUGUUCUACAAGUGUGGAGAUUUCACUGCGGAACAGUUUCGUUCAUAUCGUAUUGUUUGCAUACGUCAAGUGGAAAAGUCCAUGAAUCGUUCUUUAACGGCCACGGAGCAGGAGACAUUGCUCUUUCCACUGAUUUGCAGUGAUCCCAAGUGUCGUGAACAUCGAUUCAAGCGUCUCUCCUUCUGUAAUGGCUGCGGUGAGGUGGCCUACUGCAAGGACAAGCCAAAUCAUUUGAAUUCCAAUCAUAAGCAAUGGUGUCCAGCGUACAGGCUCUUUAAGGCUUUGAUUAUAUUUCAAUCGAAAUUCGGUCGCUUAGAGCCCUCGUUGCCCAAUAGGAUAUUGAAAGAUCUACCCAUGGCCUGUUGCAAUACGCGACAAAUGAUGCGAAAACUGAAUAUCAACGUACAAGAUGAUUGUGAGUCUGCAGCCUUAACACAGGUGGCCACAGGACCACUUACGGCCUGGUAUGCCCUCAAGUUGUGCCAACGAUUGCGCGAUGCCAGCGAGUUGACCAUACACUUGAUUGGAGCCGAAAUUGAAUUCGAAGUGGACGUUUUACAGAAAUGGGAACUCUUCAUGCUGCACAUAAUGCCUACGCUUAAAGUUUUAAAUGUGAUUUUCAUAGGUCCCGAACUGAAUCCCAACAACAUAUCCUUUGAGCAGCUGAAAAAGUUCAAAUGUUGUAGGCAUUGUCGCAAUGCCCAAAGAUCUGUAAAUUAUCAUUUUGAGAAUACUCUAUAUCAUAAUUACUGCCGUGAAUCCCAUUUUAUUAGCCCGGAUCUAGUUUGCUUCUUUAAUUCGGGUCUUUAUCGGUCGACGGGUUACGCUUUGGAAGACACUUGGCCGGAUACCAUUCAAGCCUCAUUAAAUUUAAAAUGUCCCAUUGUGGUCACUUCGUAUACCAAGUACGAGGCUCCUUUGGACAUGUCACAAUUUAUAAAUCAAUCAAAUCGGCAUUUAAAUAUCAUCUUACCGCCUACUACAAAUCCGUUUGCAUCCGAGAAGCCUGAAAGAAAUUUCAUUUCCGAUCAGGAAGCGCCGUUUAUGUUUAAGAAUUUUUAUUGUUUUGUUGUAGAAUAAGAGCCAAAGUAUCCAAUAUAUAAGAAAUUCUUUAAUAAAGAUCGAUCAA